AUGGCGCAAAUAACCAUCUCCGCGGUAGCUAUAGCGGCAGCGGUACUUAUACUAGUGCCGGUGUUCACUUUCACUAGAGGAACAGUAGAAGCAGCUGAUCCGAUCGGGAUGCCCAACUGCGUCAUCUCCUGCGGCGACGUGGAGGUGCCGUACCCGUUCGGCAUUGGCGCGAACACCAGCUGCUACCUGCCAGGCUUCAACCUCACCUGCGACAACACUACCGGCUCAAGCCCACGGCUGCUGCUGGACGCCGACGGCACUAUUCAAGUCCUCGGCAUCAUGAACCUCGAUUCGGGGGGCUACAUGUACGUCCAACGCAAUGGUGACGUUAAAAUCAAAGUCGAUGCCAAUGGCAAUGGCAACGGCACGUUCAGCCAAGGCCUUAAGCACGACGGACCAUACAUGUUGCUAACCGUGUUGCUGCCCUUUAGGAGCGAGCUCAUCUUGAUGGGCUGCAACGUGCAGGCGACGGUGAAGAGUGGCAACGCCACCGUGGCCAGCUGCACCUCGCUUUGUGAUGACACAGCAGACUAUGAAACCAGCGUGAUCGACCGAUGCUCUGGCGGCAGCACAGGCUGCUGCCGUGCGAACAUCAUCAAGCCGGGCUACGACGACGACGGACGUGGCGAAGUAUACAGCAGCAGUAGCACCGCAUAUGACGUGCAGCUCAGACGGUUGGGUGGUUGGAACCGUAGCGCGGACCGGGACCGAUUCCCGGUGCGUGUGUUUAUCGCCGAACGUGGGUGGUUCGACAAUACCUCCGUCUCAAACGACCUCCUGCAGACUGGCCGACCCCCAUCAAAGGAGACAUUGAAAGUUCCCGUUUGGCUGUCGUGGGAGGUUGUUGACCAUCCUAACAGGAGCAGUGUCUGCAAGAGCAACCACAGCCAACGCGGAAAUGGCCGAAAAAGAGGAGGCUAUGCAUGUGCCUGCAAAAAUGGUUACGAAGGCAAUCCUUACCUCACAGACGGGUGCAAAGAUAUCGAUGAGUGCGAGUGGUCACCAGCACUCACUGGAUGCUAUGGUGAAUGCAUCAACACGGAAGGAUCCUUCAUGUGUGGGUGCCCGCCAGGAACCACCGGCAACUUCACCAUACCCGGUGGGUGCAUCAACACGGAAGAUAUUUGCAGGACAUCCUGCGGGGAUGUGGAGGUGCCAUACCCGUUUGGUAUUGGCUCGUCCAAGUGCUACUGGCCAGGGUUCCGCCUCGAGUGUUACACGGGCUAUCAACCCCCGCGUUUGUUACUCAGUAAUGGUCGGUUCCAGGUCGUCGGUAUCUCCCUUCACAACUCCACGAUGCGUGUUAUCCGGAUCGACAACCUUAGGCCCUACACAACGUUACCAACUUCAAUGGCCACUGAUUUAGGGGAGGAAUUCCCUUACUUUCCCGAUGAUGAAGAGGUGCCCUACUCGCUCUCCACGAGCAAUGAGCUUGUCGUCACGGGGUGCAACGCGCAUGCGACGUUGGUGGGGCACAACAACCCAGCCAUUAUCAGUGGCUGCGCCACCUUCUGCUACUACAACGACACCGGUGGAGUUUGGGGCGAGGGGUCGUCAACAAAUGGCAUCCACGGGGAAAACGACGGCGACAAGUACUGCUAUGGCAAAGGGUGCUGCAAGGCGCGCAUCUCCGAGUCCGUGGAUGGGAUGCCAAAGAAAUUGGUCUUCAAAUGGCUGGACGCCACCAGCAACUCUCAAUCGGUCUUCGUGUUCAUCGCAGAGGAGGGAUGGUUUGAUCCGUGGGGUGUCACCGGCAAACUAAUGCGGGGGGGUUAUCGUGCGGAUGCUAUGAAGGUUCCCAUUCUUCUCCGUUGGGAGGUGUUCCUGCCGCAUAGUGGCUCGUCAUCAGCCAACGUGAGCUCACACCCGGACUGCAACGGCGGGGAUUAUCAGGUCACGCCACGCGACCAGAUCUGCAAGAGCAAGCACAGCCAGUGCAAACGUGGGAACAGAGGCUAUACGUGCCAGUGCAACGAGGACGGCGGUUACCACGGCAAUCCAUACCUCGUCGGCGGAUGCAAAGAUGAACGCGCCGAAUACUUAAAAGGUUUAAGCAUCACUAUGGGAGUUGCUAGUGGGGCAGGCCUCAUCCUUGUGGUCCUCAUUGCAUACUUUAUCUCCUACAAAUUUAAGCAUCAAAGGGCACAAAUGUUGAAACGGAAAUAUUUUGAAAAAAACCGCGGGCAAUUGUUGCAACAAUUGGUAUCACAAAGAGCUGAUAUUGCAGAGAAAAUGAUCAUAACUUUGGAAGAGCUAGAGAAGGCAACAAACAAUUUUGAUAAAGCUCGUGAACUUGGUGGUGGUGGGCAUGGUACUGUCUAUAAAGGGAUUUUGUUGGAUCUCCAUGUUGUAGCCAUCAAGAAACCAAAGAUGAUUGUUCAAAGGGAGAUUGAUGAGUUUAUUAAUGAGGUUGCUAUCCUAUCACAAAUCAACCAUAGGAAUGUAGUAAAACUAUAUGGUUGUUGCCUUGAAACAGAAGUGCCACUGUUAGUCUACGAGUUCAUAUCCAAUGGAACUCUUUAUGACCAUCUUCAUGUCGAAGGACCAACAUCAUUGUCAUGGGCUGAUAGGCUACGAAUAGCAACAGAAACUGCAAAAUCACUUGCCCAUCUUCACUCAACAGCUUUAGUACCUAUCAUCCAUAGAGAUGUCAAACCUGCUAACAUACUUUUGGAUGAUACUCUGACAGCAAAGGUAGCAGACUUUGGAGCUUCAAGGUACAUUCCAUUGGACAAAUCAGGGCUAACAACAAAUGUGCAAGGUACACUAGGAUAUCUGGAUCCAAUGUACAUGCACACAUGGCGCCUCACGGAGAAAAGUGAUGUUUAUAGCUUUGGUGUUAUGCUUAUAGAGUUGAUGACUAGAAAGAAGCCAUUUACAUAUAUGGCUCCCGAAGGAAAUGGUCUUGUGGCACAUUUUGCUAUCUUAUUUGCCAGAGGCCAUUUGGUGGAGAUAUUAGAUCCACAAGUUCUGAGCGAGGGUGGCAAUAGAAUUGAUGAAAUCGCUGCAAUUGCGGUAGCAUGUGUAAAAUUAAGAGGGGAGGAAAGGCCAACCAUGAGACAGGUAGAAUUGCGAUUGGAAGUUGCUCAAUCACCUGAGGAAUUCGAGGUGGAUGAGGAUAUUGCAGAAAAUUCUCAAUUAGCACGUGGAGCUGGAUUGACUAGCAGGCAGUAUAGUAUGGAAGAAGAGUAUGUGUUGUCUGCAAGAUAUCCACGGUAG